UUAGUGUGGGAAAUGUAUUUUUCUGUUUAUCCAAAGAGCUAUUAUAAAAAUAAAUAGAUCGGCAAUUUGAAAGGCAUUUAGAGCAAAUCAUGCCAACAUCACGUGGGAACUGAAUGAGAUCUCGUUUUACUGGUUUAGAAAGCAGAAGGAUAAAAAAUUGUCAAAAAUUUUGUGUGGUGAAAAACAUUUGUUGAUAGGCAGUGGCUAGAGAACCGGAAUUGGUUCCCUAGACUGCGAACUUAUUCGUCCGGAACCAGUUCUCUAAGCAAAAUACCGUGCAUAGGCUAGGGAACCGGAAUUUUAUUUCUAUGCAUAAUGCUGCCGAAAUCCACUUUGUUUCUUGGUAGCCAAAACGUAUGGAAUCUCCAGAAUACAUGGACACACCGGAGUAUGACAGAAAUCCUUCCCCGCCACCGGAAAUUGCGGAACAUCCAGAGCUUUUACGUGCUGAGAGUAUUGGUAACACAGCCUUCAGCAAACACUGGCUAUUCACAACCUUGAUCAAGUUGAUAGAGGAAGUGGACAGAGAAAAUGAAGAGGAAAGUAAUCUGGCUGUGGAUGUUGAUGAAGAACUGCAGAAUGAGUUGUGUAAACUAUGGGAUAUGUCCAUGAAUUCUGAUGUUGCUAAAUUUCUGAACGAGUUCAAAGCAGUAGACAUCUUGACUGGCAUAAUAGAGAAGUCAAAGGCUCCAAGAGUUAUUGAGAUCUCAGUUGGAAUUCUGGGUAACAUGGCCUGUGAACAGGCAAUAUGUAAGGAGAUGUCAGAAAACCAUAAAUUUAUAAAUUUGGUCAUACUUCUCAUGGAGACUAGGGAUGCCCCUACACUAGUGGAAACUGCAAGAUUGAUCUAUACUUCAUUGUCAAACACUGGAACCAGAGGUCCUUGGAUCAGUGCAAUACAAAGAUCUGAGGAAGUACUGGACCACCUAAAGUUUAUAUUUUCAAGUUCCACAAAUUGUGAUCUGUUAAAAAACACAGCAGAACUUGUUGAUACCUUACUUGACCUUGAGCCUGACCUUUGUGUUUCCUGGGCAACCAUUGACUUCAUACAUUCUCUCAUAGAAGCCACAGAGCAGAUAGGGAGUAACCACAGUGAGGCCCUAGAAGUGUACCUCCAUAUAUUUCAGAGUUUUUCCACAACAGAACCUGGGGUAGAGGCUCUGGUGGGACACACUGACAGGUUGGAAAUGAAGAUUAUAAAGUAUUUGAACAUUGUUUGUGAAUAUGAGAUUGUUGGUCUAGAUGGAAAAGAAGCACCCCUGUCGUCAGCACUUUCUGUGUUAAAUAUACUGUUUACAUCACAACCUGUGGAGAAGCUGGGACAUCUGUACAAAGAUGAAAAAAUAAUGCGGAUCUUGCUCAAGAUUUUGGAGCCAUUAUAUCCUAUGCUUCAAAGGUAUAUGAAGGCAGAGCAAACAAAUUCAAAUGAACCAGUCAAUGAAAAGGAAGAUAGUCAUGUGACUAGCAGUGACCAAUCAGAUGCAGGAAAAGAAACUGAUUCUAGUAAUAAUGCUGAUAAUAUAAAAGAUACUGAAGAAAAGGACAAAAAUGGUACCAGAGGAACAGAAUCUGAAGAAUAUAAAGAGCUUAAAGUUCUAUAUGAAAUAUUGUCAGCUUUUUUACUGGACUACUGUAAUAUUGCUUUCAUGGAUAAACCUAAUAUAAAACCUGAGGACUUGCCAGAAGAUAGUGACCCAUCAGCAGAUUCAACACCAGUUGACAUCCAAAAUGAUAAUAAUUCACAAGCUGCAGCUCACAGCUCUCAGGACUCCUCAAAAGAGGGUAACUCUAACAUUACUGAGGAUAGCCAAGAAAAAGAAAGUGACUCAGAAACGCAAGAAUUAAAAAAUUCUAACAAGAAUGAAAAUUCAGAUACUGAAACUAGUGAGGAAAAGAAGCCUUGCAUUGACAAUGUUCCUAUUCUUACAUAUCUUGAUGAAGUGUGUAGUCGCUGGCGAAUAAAUAACUUUGGAUUGUGUUUGAAAGAAUCAGACGCUGGUUGUAGAUUGUACGACAGACUGUAUGGACUGGCUGAGAAAAAUAAGAAUGACAGACUGUGUCGGAUAUUAACAGACAUUUCAGAGGGUAGGGUCGUGAAUCGGGCUGAUUCUGGCAAGGAACGGGGAGAUGAAAAUGUCUCCUAGCUACGCAUUUGUAUAUGUUAAAUAUCAUUUGUCAUAGUAAAAUUAGUUUCUUACUAUAUUUUUGUUAUAAAAAUUGUAGAUCAUUGUUUUUGAUGACUAGAAUAUUAUGAAAUAAUAAAGAGUGAUUUAAGUGUAAA